AUGGAUCGCACUGGGAAGCGCUCCACCAUGCCCGACUCACCUGCGGACGUCAAGACACAGUCCAGGUUGACCCCCCCGACCAUGCCGCCCCCACCUAGCACCCAAGGAGCACCCCGAAACAGCUCCUACACGCCCACCACAUGUGACAACGGGCCCAGCUCCUCCUCCUCCUCCUCCCUGGCCAACCAGCAGCUGCCGCCGGCCUGCGGGGCGCGGCAGCUCAGCAAGCUGAAGCGCUUCCUCACCACGCUGCAGCAGUUCGGGAACGACAUCUCGCCCGAAAUCGGCGAGCGCGUCCGCACGCUGGUGCUGGGGCUGGUGAAUUCCACCCUGACCAUCGAGGAAUUCCACUCCAAACUCCAGGAAGCCACCAACUUCCCCCUGCGACCGUUCGUCAUCCCCUUUCUGAAGGCCCGAGUCGGGCUUUUGCUCUCAGUGCGUUUGGCUCUUCCUGUGUCGGGCUUAAGUGGAAGCCGUGCGGCCAACCUGCCCCUCCUGCAGAGGGAGCUGCUGCACUGCGCCCGGCUGGCCAAGCAGAACCCGGCCCAGUACCUGGCCCAGCACGAGCAGCUGCUGCUGGACACCAGCACCACCUCGCCCGUGGACUCCUCCGAGCUCCUGCUGGACGUCAACGAGAACGGCAAAAGGAGGACGCCAGACAGCAAUGGCCUGCGCUGCCUGGAGAUGUAA